AUGGAUCGUUCGGUUAUUACUUAUGAUGAUUAUUCAAAGAGAGGAUACGAUGGAUGCUCUCAAUCGGAUCAAAAUGUUCUUUAUCGAUCUCAUUUAAUUGGCGGUCAAAAAAUAACAAACUAUCAUCGUCAACAUAAUAUUUUUGAAGACAAACAAAUGUGCAUGAUCGUUAAAGCAAUGAACGGAAAACUGCAACUUGAAGAUUCCCGUACUUUGGCGGAUUACAAAAUAAAUGAUAGGUCCACGUUACCUUUAAAAUUAAGAUUAAGUGGAGAAUUGCUCUCAAUGUAUGAAGAUAACAUUUGGCUUGGAGUUGAUGAAGAAAAGCAAUCUAUAACAAGAUCAGUACAAAAUGAAUGGUUAGUUUAUCCUGGAACUGCUAGAAAUAACUGCAAAUCGAUUGCUGAAGAUUAG